AUGACAAAUAUUCGUGUCCUGCGAUUUCGUCAAAUGCUGUUGGAUCCUUUUGUACUGGGCGUUUGCCUUCUCGCGUUCGCCGGUACUACCAUCAAUACGGUACACGCGCUCGUACCUAGCCAAGGUGGCGAACUCCAAAAGGCAGCCCAGCAGUUGCAGCACCAUGAGUACGAGCCGAGCGGGACUCUCUCCUUCUGUCGCUCCUCCAUUGUCGUCACGCAUCCCUGGGCAUCCUCCGCUGGCUUCGACUACGAGUCGCGCGGCGGCAGCCAGGAUGACCGAAGAGGAGAACGAGUGGUACACUCCACCUCCGGCUCCCGUCCAAUCCACCCAGAUUCCUACCGAAAUCGCCGUCGUGAACUCCGACGAGGCUUGGCGGAGUUUCUGGCUCUCGAUGACGACCGGCUCUGCGUAAUUUCCUUUCACGCGUCCUGGUGCAAGAGUUGCCAAAAGUUCGGACUCCUCUAUAAAUCGCUAGCGCACAAACUCGGAGACAAGCGUGACCGCAAGACGCAGAACAUCGUUGAACGCGGUUCCGUGCGUUUUGCCUCGGUCGAAUGGGGCGCCAACACGGCACUGUGCCGAUCCCUCGGUAUUAAGCGACUGCCUACCACUCAAAUAUACCACGCAGGGACCCUGCUCACCAGCUUUGCCUGUGCGCCGGCCAAAUUUCAAACCCUCAAGGAUCAAAUCAAGUACAUGACCCGGACGCUGCAAAACAGCGAUCGACUCGCGGCGAUCAAGGCAAAUCCCUUGUUUCCGGACGAGCAAGCCGUCCAAGAUAAGGUUCAAGCGCUGCUAGCGGCCCAUACCGAACAGGAAUUUUCCAAGACCCUAGACAUUGGCGCGGCGCUCAUUGACGCUACCGUUAUGGUGGCACCCCCAUCAUCCGAUCAGUCGGACGGCAGCAAUACGGAAGACCAUGGACAGGGGCUCUCCCGUGCCGAGCGUAUGGCGGCGUUUGCGGAACGGAUCCGCUCCAAACAAAACCGAGCAGAUCAUGUUGCAACAACCGCUGAGAGUGUAGCCGAUUCCUCCCACAAGGUGUGGUGGCGCUUUCGACGAGCACCCUAGACAAACCCAACACUUACCCACUCACAAAGUCCACGUUUGGGCUUUGUGGACAUAGAUGUGUACCCUAGUACGAAUGUGUGAAGCAGCAAACAGAAAAGAAUAGAAAAAGACAACUUGAUCUGGAAGGGACCUUGUUCCAGACCAUCAAAAAAAGAAUAGAGACUACAGAAAAUGAGACGCAGUGUUAGCAACGUAACUAUAUAUGGAUACCGCUCAUUUAAAUAGCUCUGCUGCCAUAGUCCAU